UAUAUAUGUAUAUAUAUGUAGGCUCUCUCAGCGCUAAUUUGUUUGCCUGGAAGCGUUUAUUCACAUCAGAGUAGUUCGCUGGAGGAGAACAGAGACCAACAGGCGAUCUUGGAAGCAGCUUGUUGAUGGCACUGCGCACCGGGAGGACUUGGUUUGGGCAGGUCUUGCGCAGGGUCUCUCGGCUGCAGGGUUCCUGGUCCAGGCGAUCGAGCAGUCUCUUGUGUCUCUCCGCGAACCAGGAGCAGGAUCUGGGGGUCUGUCACCGGGAUCACUACAAGGCGGGGGACAUCCACCGGUGCUCCGACUCCGGCGUCCACCGUCACCGGAGCGCACCUUUCUGCGCCUCCGCCUCCGGGCGCUGUCCACACGGAUUUCCCCACCCUUGCUGCGCCUUCCCGGGGAAUCCGAGGGGACAUGAGCCCCUCGGUCGCCGGUUCCUGUUGGCUAUGAAGCGGCAAAACGUGCGGACCUUGUCCCUGAUCAUUUGCACGUUUACAUACCUGCUGGUCGGGGCCGCCGUCUUUGACGCCCUGGAGUCCGACUUCGAGAUGCGCGAAAAAGAGCAGCUGGAAGCGGAGGAGAAGCGUCUCCAGGGGAAAUAUAACAUCAGCGAGGAUGAUUACCGCAAACUGGAGAACAUCAUCAUGGAGGCUGAGCCCCACAGAGCCGGGGUGCAGUGGAAAUUCGCAGGGUCAUUUUACUUUGCCAUCACGGUUAUAACCACCAUAGGGUAUGGGCAUGCAGCGCCGGGGACCGAUGCAGGGAAGGCCUUUUGCAUGUUUUAUGCCGUCCUGGGAAUCCCUCUGACUCUUGUUAUGUUCCAAAGUCUGGGUGAGAGAAUGAACACUUUUGUCAAGUACCUCCUGAAACGUAUCAAGAAGUGCUGUGGUAUGAGCAUCACUGACGUGUCCAUGGAGAACAUGGUGACCGUGGGAUUUUUCUCCUGCAUCGGCACGCUGUGCAUCGGGGCUGUUGCCUUCUCCCAUUACGAGGACUGGAGCUUCUUCCAGUCUUACUAUUACUGCUUCAUCACAUUAACAACUAUAGGCUUUGGGGACUUUGUGGCCCUUCAAAAGAAAGGGGCCCUCCAGAAAAGGCCCCUGUAUGUGGCCUUUAGCUUCAUGUAUAUCCUGGUGGGCCUGACGGUCAUCGGGGCCUUCCUCAACCUGGUGGUGCUCCGUUUCCUGACUAUGAACAGUGAGGAUGAGCGGCGAGACGCAGAGGAGCGGGCCUCGCUCGCUGGCAAUCGGAACAGCAUGAUCAUCCACAUCCAGGAUGAAUCGCUGCAGCGAGGCCGGCGGCGACGUGAGCCAUACCGGGCAGAAGUGACAGAUUUGCAGUCAGUGUGUUCCUGUAUGCACUACCACUCGCAUGACUUCGGCAGCUCUGGGGGAGGGAUGGGAGGUCUGGGCUGUGCCUUCUCCCAUCAAAACUCAUUCAGCUCGCAGCUGAAUCCCAAUCAGUAUUUUCAUUCGGUGUCCUACAGGAUCGAGGAGAUCUCGCCCAGCACCUUGAAAAACAGCUUCUUCCCUUCGCCCAUCAGCUCGGUGUCUCCGGGCCUCCACAGCUUCACAGACAGUCACCAGCUCAUGAGGAGAAGGAAAUCUAUCUAAACCCCAAAACUCACCGGACAAAUGAGUUUCCAUGUUUUAUACACAAGGUCAAACAUUUCCAAUGCUGCUCCUUACCAAAUCUAAUUUCAGCACUUUCUUUUUCCUGGUUUGGUUGUAUGUAAUGUAAGUAUUCUUGGGAACAGACAAAGACACUACGCAGAACAGCAAGCGUGGACACAAUGGGAUGCAAAGCAUGAAGCAUGGAUGUCUAUUUUUUCAAGAGAUUGCUCCAUUAAAAAAACAAACACUCUACACAAACUACAAGACCUUCCUUAUUACAGAUUUACACUACAGAAUUGAUAUAUUAACUUUGGUUACAUACCAAAUGAUGCACACCGGGGAAAUGCUAUUUUUCAAAGGGAAUAUGCUUGUUUCACCUUAACUUGAAGAAACAUUUACCGUUAUGUACAAUUCCAUUGCCUCACAGCAGACAGAGAAUUUAAAAUGACUUAAAGCAUCAGGUAUUGUUUUCUAUAAGCAAUCAUAUAUUUCAAUGGUUUCACCACACAUCAAGCCAAAAUAUUGUUGCCAAUAUUAGCAUGUGCAUUAGAUGUCAUUUAAUAGUAUGCCAUGGUUUUGUGAUAUUGUUAAGUCUGCUGUCAGAGCAACUGUGUGAAGGGCGUCUGUUUGUCUUGGACUCAAAGGAUCAUGCUGCUGUUAUUGAUAUUUCCCCCCUCAUCUAGAAAGAUCAGAUCUGGCUACAGAAGCUUUAAUUUCACCCACAGGCAUUUUAAGUUAAUAUUGACCCUCCCCACUAUGCUGUUUAACAGAUUUUCCAAUUUUUGAUUGUGUAUUUUUCUCCCACUGAUUUUCAUAUUGUAUAAGAGUUCAAUUAAAGUGCACCGGCUUCUC